CUCGCGCUUCCUUGUCUAGCUAUCCGGACGACCCGAUCGAUCGGGUGUGGCCGCCAUGGAGAUCCUCGGAGGGGAAUUGGAACGACGUCUCCACCAACUCCACUGUCCGAAACCUUCCUCAGGACUCGUUCGAAGUACCCUCCGUCGUCAUGCAGACCGCCGUCGCCCCCAUUAACUCCUCCAGCAUCGUCCUCGCAUGGGAUCCCAUUCCCGGCUACGUCAACCAGUUCUUCCCCAUCCUCCACAUAUCCGAGUUUUUUAAUCUCUCCGGCACCAAUCAAUCGCGACAGUUCAACAUCUACGUGAAUCGAUUCCAGUGGCUGGGGGAUAUAAUGACCCCCCUUUACCUCUACUCGGACUCCGUCUACGAUGUCGUGCCCCUCCCUUCGUCCCCCACCUAUAUCAUCUCCCUCGAGGCUCUCAGCAACUCCACUCUCCCGCCGAUCCUCAAUGCCUUCGAGCUCUACACCACCAUGAGCAACACUUCCGUGCCAUCAGAUACUGGAGAUGUUGAUGCCAUGACAGCAAUCAAGGAGCGGUAUCGGAUCCAGAGGAAUUGGAUGGGAGAUCCAUGCUCCCCUAGUGCUUUUGUUUGGGAUGGACUAACUUGUGAUUAUAGCUUGUCAAACUCUCCAAGAGUCACUGCUUUGAGUCUGUCAUCAAGUGGGCUGACGGGGGAAAUAACCAAAUCUUUUGCUAGUCUUAGUGCACUUCAAAACUUGGACUUGUCUUAUAACAAUUUAACAGGGUCAAUACCUGAUGAUCUAGCAAACUUAAGUUCUCUCAAACUACUUGAUUUGACAGGCAACCAGUUAAAUGGAUCAAUUCCUUCAAACCUCCUUGAAAUGGCACAAAAUGGAUUGCUUACCUUAAGACUAGAUGAAAAUCCACAUCUUUGUAACAAUGGUACAUCGUGCAAUGUGAUGCCUGCACCAAAAAAGAAGAAAAUAUCAAUACCGGUGAUUGUGAUUCUUUGUAUAUUCCCGUGUUAAUACUUCUUGCAGUGAUAGUCAUAGUUUGGAGGGUGAGGAAAACGCAAGUCACACGUAGUGAUAAUCCAUACUCAGACGUGAGCAAAGUGAGCCUGAACAGUGCAAACACAGUCACACGCAGUGAUAAUCCAUACUCAGACAUAAGCAAAGUGAGCGUGAACAGUGCUUCUGAGAUAGGAAUGUCUAGAAUGACUGAGAUUUUCGGACCAAGGGCAAGAUAAACACGAGUUUGCUCAACUCUUCCCUCUUAAAACUGUCAUAAUGGUUGUUAAGGUUCAAGAAUGUCGUUUGCUUCAAAUUCAUGCUCGUGUAGCUUUUUACAUGUUAUGACUUGUGUGAAGGGAAAUAGUAUUUGGUGGAGUUUAGAUGAUACUUUUAUUUUCUAUGGCAAAAACUAUUGUAUGUUCUACCAUUUCAACUUGAAACAAGCAUCUUGUAUUUUCACAAUAU